AUGUGUGUGUGUGUGUGUGUGUGUGUGUGUGUGUGUGUGUGUGUGUGUGUGUGUGUGUGUGUGUGUGUGUGUGUGUGUGUGUGUGUGUGUGUGUGUGUGUGUGUGUGUGUGUGUGUGUGUGUGUGUGUGUGUGUGUGUGUGUGUGUGUGUGUGUGUGUGUGUGUGUGUGUGUGUGUGUGUGUGUGUGUGUGUGUGUGUGUUUAUAAUGUGUGUGUGUGUGUGUGUGUGUGUGUGUGUGUGUGUGUGUGUGUGUGUGUGUGUGUGUGUGUGUGUGUGUGUGUGUGUGUGUUCAAUCGCGUGUCAUUGUGUGUGUGUGUGUGUGUGUGUGUGUGUGUGUGUGUGUGUGUGUGUGUGUGUGUGUGUGUGUGUGUGUGUGUGUGUGUGUGUGUGUGUGUGUGUGUGUGUGUGUGUGUGUGUGUGUGUGUGUGUGUGUCUGUGUGUGUUCAUCCAGAAUCCUUGUGUGUGUGUGUGUGUGUGUGUGUGUGUGUGUGUGUGUGUGUGUGUGUGUGUGUGUGUGUGUGUGUGUGUGUGUGUGUGUGUGUGUGUGUGUGUGUGUGUGUGUGCAUCGCUAUCUCUAUAGUGCAGCAAUGA